GUUUAUAUGAUUAGUUGCUUUGGAGCUGGGCAAGGGAAAGCUCAUAGUGUGUGUGUGUGUGAGAGAGAGAGAAGGAGGAAUCCAUGUCAGGUUUUGACAGUAGCCCAUUCAAAGCCAGCUCAUGCAGAAGGCAGCCUGCACACGACUCACUGCACUGGUUCUGUGUACUGGGAGCCUGUUCCUCCGUUUUGAGCCAUUCUGAGAGCGCUGUGAGCGGGACCUUCACCAAAAGCAAGCAGCUUGAAACUUAGCAGACACUCUGCUGAGGCCACAUUGUCAUUCAGGGGGACCCAAAGUGGAUUGACAUCAGCGGUGAAGAGGUUUCCUUUUCCCCCCUUUUUUCCUGCCAUUUCAGACUGGAGCUGAAAACAGCUCUCCUCUUUUGCCUGAUUUUGCUUCUCUCUCCUCUCACGUUGCCGUGUGCCGUGCUUUUCCUACAUGUUUUGACUCCUGUGGAAGAGAGGGGACGAAAUCAAAUCCUUAAGCAGGACUGUUGAUGACUUUAGACUGAGUAGCGGCUCGCCAUGGAGCAGUUUGUCCGGUCUACGGGAAUGUGCGGACUGAAAGAAAGACCUGCUGUCUGAUAAAGCACUAUCUGUCCCAGAUAAGUGGAGCAUGCAUCAGAGCUGCAGAGCUUCUCUUUAUGCUGCCUGCUGUGCAUUGAGCUGCAGAGGAGUUCUCAUUACAAGCCUGCCUGCCUUCUACUUACUUCCAUUGUCUGACUGAUUUUGCCAUUGCCGUCAAAAUAUUCCACUUGUCCGUUUUCUCAAAAAAGGUAAGAAGAUCAAUGAUGAAGAUCAUUGAGAUCUGCAAGUCUGGAGUUUUUUAACUACAGCCAACAUCACCAAGCAAGUGAGGCCAACCAAGCAAAGCACAAUGGCAAGCUCAGUGUGGAAACUACAAACCUUCUGCUGGCUGAUGUUCACUAUGGCUCAUUUACAGUGUUCAGAUGGGUUUAGUCGCGCAGCGAUGCCGUUUGGCUUGGUGAGAAGAGAACUGUCUUGCGAGGGUUACCCGAUCGACCUACGCUGUCCAGGAAGUGAUGUCAUCAUGAUUGAGAGUGCCAACUACGGCCGGACGGAUGACAAAAUCUGUGAUGCCGACCCCUUCCAGAUGGAAAACAUUAACUGCUACCUCCCUGAUGCCUACAAAAUUAUGUCACAAAGGUGCAACAAUCGAACACAAUGUGUUGUGAUCACUGGGUCAGAUGUCUUCCCCGACCCCUGUCCAGGGACUUACAAAUACCUAGAGGUCCAGUAUGAAUGUGUUCCCUACAUUUUUGUUUGUCCUGGAACACUGAAAGCAGUUGGAGAUACUUCCUUUCUGUACGAGGCGGAGCAACAAGCAGGAGCAUGGUGCAAAGACCCCCUUCAAGCGGGGGACAAAAUCUAUUUCAUGCCCUGGACUCCUUAUCGCACAGAUACGCUUAUUGAGUAUGCUUCACUUGAUGACUUCCAAAAUACUAGACAAACCACAACGUAUAAACUUCCUCACCGGGUGGACGGCACUGGAUUUGUGGUGUAUGACGGUGCAGUGUUUUUUAACAAGGAACGGACCCGAAACAUAGUCAAGUUUGACCUGAGGACCCGGAUCAAAAGUGGGGAGGCCAUCAUCAACAAUGCCAACUACCACGACACCUCGCCCUACAAGUGGGGGGGGAAAACUGACAUCGACUUGGCCGUAGAUGAGAAUGGCCUGUGGGUCAUCUAUGCCACAGAGCAAAAUAACGGGAUGAUGGUCAUCAGCCAGUUGAACCCUUACACCCUCAGGUUCGAGGCGACCUGGGAGACGACGUAUGACAAGCGUUCGGCCUCCAACGCCUUCAUGAUCUGCGGAGUCCUCUACGUAGUGAGGUCCACGUACGAGGACAAUGAGAGCGAAGUCAGCAAGAGCCUGAUCGACUACAUUUACAACACCAAACAGAACCGGGGCGAGUACGUGGAUAUUCACUUUCCCAACCAGUACCAGUAUAUUGCAGCUGUGGAUUAUAAUCCCAGAGAUAACCAGCUAUAUGUGUGGAAUAAUUAUUACAUAUUGAGGUAUAAUCUGGAGUUUGGACCCCCGGACCCCGCACAAGUGCCAACCAUAUCAGAAGCAACCAUUAUCCCUGAGCUCCCCAAAACGACGACUACCACCACCACCACUACUGCACAGAAAGGCCAGAUGAACACCACCACCACAGUCGGCCCAAGAGAAGGAAACAAAGGGCCCAAGGCACCUCCAGAAAUUCCUGAAACGACAGCCCCGCCCUCCCCUGACUCCUUCCCUUUGCCGGAGCGAUUUUGUGAGGGUACAGAGAAAAGGGAUAUAGCAUGGCCCCAGACACAGAGAGGAAUGAUAGUGGAGAGGCCUUGCCCCAAGGGAACGAGAGGCACUGCCUCCUAUCUGUGUGUGCUAACCACUGGGGUCUGGCACCCAAAAGGGCCUGACCUUAGCAACUGUACCUCCCACUGGGUUAAUCAAGUUGCUCAGAAGAUCAGAAGCGGUGAAAAUGCAGCUAACCUUGCAAAUGAGCUGGCCAAGCAUACCAAAGGACCCAUCUUUGCCGGCGAUGUUAGUUCAUCGGUGAGAUUGAUGGAGCAGCUGGUUGAUAUCUUAGACGCUCAGCUACAGGAGCUGAGACCCAGCGAGAAGGACUCUGCAGGCCGGAGUUUUAAUAAGCUUCAAAAACGUGAAAGGACAUGCAGGGCAUACAUGAAGGCUAUUGUAGAUACGGUUGACAAUCUUCUGAGACCUGAAGCCUUGAAAUCCUGGCAAGAUAUGAACUCCACGGAGCAAACACAUGCUGCAACAAUGCUACUCGAUACCUUGGAGGAAGGAGCCUUUGUCCUUGCUGACAAUCUAAUGGAACCAGCUAUAGUGAAAGUACCGGCAGAAAAUAUAAUCUUGGAUGUUUACGUGCUCAGCACAGAUGGCCAGGUGCAGGAUUUCAGGUUUCCCCAGACCAGUAAGGGUGCUCUAUCUAUCCAGCUGUCCUCCAACACCGUGAAACUCAACAGUCGAAAUGGUGUGGCCAAGUUGGUAUUUGUUCUUUAUAAAAACCUGGGGCAGUUCCUCAGCACAGAAAAUGCCACAAUUAAAUUUGGCAAUGAAGCUAACGGACGGAACCAUUCUGUGGCAGUAAACUCACACAUCAUUGCAGCUUCAAUCAACAAAGAGUCCAGUCGUGUGUUUAUUACGGAUCCUGUGAUUUUUACCCUGGAGCACAUUGACACUGAGCAUUACUUCAACGCAAACUGUUCAUUCUGGAACUAUUCGGAGAGGAGCAUGAUGGGAUACUGGUCCACCCAAGGCUGCAAACGCCUGGAUACUAACAAAACCCACACAACCUGUUCCUGUAGCCACCUUACCAACUUUGCUAUUCUCAUGGCGCAUCGUGAAAUUGCGGGUAAAGACGGCGUGCACGAGUUGCUCUUAACUGUCAUCACCCGGGUGGGGAUCGUCGUCAGUCUGGUCUGCUUGGCCGUCAGCAUCUUCACCUUCUGCUUCUUCCGAGGCUUGCAGAGCGAUCGCAACACCAUCCACAAGAACUUAUGCAUCAAUCUCUUCAUCGCUGAGUUAAUUUUCCUAAUUGGUAUCGAUAUGACAGAACCCAGGAUUGGCUGCUCCAUCAUUGCUGGGAUAUUGCAUUUUUUCUUUCUGGCUGCAUUUGCCUGGAUGUGUCUGGAAGGCGUGCAGCUUUAUCUCAUGCUGGUCGAAGUUUUUGAGAGUGAAUAUUCGCGCAGAAAGUAUUACUACGUUUCUGGCUACAUUGUCCCUGCAAUAGUCGUGGGUGUCUCUGCAGCAAUUGACUACAGGAGCUAUGGAACAAAGAAGGCUUGUUGGCUAAGGGUGGACAAUCACUUCAUAUGGAGCUUCAUUGGUCCAGUCACGUUCAUCAUUAUGCUAAACCUCAUCUUCCUGGUUAUUACGAUGUACAAAAUGGUGAAGCACUCUACUUCAUUAAAACCUGACUCCAGCAAGUUGGAGAAUAUCAAUAAUUACCGUGUUUGUGAUGGCUACUAUAAUACCGAUUUGCCUGGCUAUGAAGAUAAUAAGCCAUUUAUCAAAUCCUGGGUCCUUGGUGCUUUUGCAUUGCUCUGCCUGCUGGGGCUGACUUGGUCUUUUGGUUUAUUUUUUAUUAACGAAUCUUCUGUAGUGAUGGCUUACCUUUUCACGAUAUUCAACACAUUUCAAGGAAUGUUCAUCUUUAUAUUCCACUGCCUACUUCAGAAAAAGGUCCGUAAAGAGUACAGCAAAUGUUUCCGCCAUACCUACUGCUGUGGCGGAUUGCCCACUGAGAGCUCCCACAGCUCAGCAAAGACAUCCACAACCAGGACUAGUGCCCGCUACUCCUCCGGCACACAGAGCCGUAUCAGGAGAAUGUGGAAUGACACUGUAAGAAAGCAAUCUGAGUCCUCCUUUAUCUCAGGUGACAUCAACAGCACCUCAACCCUCAACCAAGGGAUGACGGGCAAUUAUCUACUAACAAAUCCUCUUCUUCGACCGCAAGGCACUAACAACCCCUAUAACACCUUACUCGCUGAAACGGUUGUAUGUAACACCCCCUCGGCUCCAGUGUUUAACUCUCCAGUGACCUACAGAGAGACAAGACUUUCAUUGAACAAUCCGAGGGAUACAAAUGCAAUGGACACGCUACCGCUAAAUGGUAAUUUUAAUAAUAGCUAUUCUUUUCGCAAUGGGGACUACGGUGACAGUGUGCAGGCGGUGGACUGUGGACUCAGCCUAGACGAUGCAGCCUUUGAGAAAAUGAUCAUCUCCAAACUUGUGCAGAACAACCUCAGGGCCUGCAGCAAAAACCACAAUUUGGAGAGAACUUCGACCAAAGUGGCUGUGGGCGGGAGCAGCAGCGAAGAUGACGCCAUCUUGGCUGACGCCUCGUCCCUGGUGCACGGGGACAACCCGGGCCUCAGCCUGGAUUUGCACCACAAGGAGCUGGAGGCCCCGCUCAUUCCCCAACGGACUCACUCGCUUCUGUACCACCCGCAGAAGAAAGUGAAGGCUGAGGGCGUGGACAGUUACGUCGCUCAGCUCGCGGUCGAGACUGAGGACAAUUUGCAGUCACCAAACAGAGACUCGUUGUACACUAGUAUGCCUAACCUAAGAGACUCUCCCUACCCCGAGAGUAGCCCCGACGUAGAAGAGGACCUUUCACCUUCUAAGAAGAGCGAGAGUGAGGAUGUUUAUUACAAGAGCAUGCCCAACCUUGGAGCUGGAAACCAGCUUCAGGCUUAUUACCAGAUCAGCAGGGGCAAUAGCGAUGGAUAUAUUAUACCUAUUAACAAAGAAGGCUGCAUCCCUGAAGGAGAUGUAAGGGAAGGACAGAUGCAAUUGGUGACCAGCCUUUAAAUGUGUUUAGAUACCUGCCCCCCCCCACCCCCCCCACAAACACACACACACACCUAGUCAACCCUACUUGCAAAAACAACAUGAAUGAUAUAGAAGGAUUCCUACCUAAGUCAGGCAUUGAAACCCAAAACUCUACCCGUGCCCCACCACCUGCUCUUGCACCUACACCCCUUGUCUUCACAGACAGACUGCAGUGUAUGACUGGAGGUUGCUCUGCACUGGCAUUUAGAUUGCUGUGAAGUUUUUAAAAGACUGUGUAAAUACUAUACAGAACGUUUUAAAAAAAUUAAAGACAAGCCAAUUAUGUAUUUAAAUGUUCUUCUGCUGCUGUUGAAUGACCGAAAAGGACAGAAAACGUACUGGCCAUUCCGAUUCAGCAGUUGUCGGGCAGGUUGUACAUACACCUACAUCAUUGUUUUUUUUUUUUUUUUUUUUUUUUUUCAAAGCCUGUUUUGUAUUAUAUACAAAAUCAAGCUCCAGGACCAUAACUGGAUGUAUGGGACUGACAUUUUCCUGAUGAUAAUUAAAUUAGGAAUAUAAAGGUCCUGGAUUCUAGAACAGACACAUCCCCAUCCUCGUGAAGAUUGGAUCUUAUAACCACUAGCAAUCAAGCCCCAGGCCUUAUAUUUUCUCAAUUGUACAUUGAACUGUUGUCAAGGAUAAUGGUAAAAAAUAUAUAUAUUUUGUUGUAUUGCUAGUGUAAAAUAAAAUUCAUGGCAACCAGAAAUAUAAAAGAAGACAUUUUAAUUAAAAUUUAAAGGUUUGAAGAGACUAUUGUGUAAAAGUUGCACAUAUAUUAUAAAAAUGUGUUUAUUCUUCUUACACUUCAUUCAUUGUAGUAUGUUUGAACAGGAAAGGAUAUAGAAAUUAAAAUAUCAGAAUACAAGGUAAUCUCAUUCUCACUUUUUCCACUUGUGAACAGUGUUUUUUUUCUUACAUGAAUCAUGCAUAUUACCCAUAAAAACAGGUCAAUUUGAAAUUGCCAAAUUUUUUAUUUUAUUUUAUUUAUUUUUAUUUUUAGGACAGCACAAAAUGAAUGCCCAAUUUUAGCCAAUAAAGCCAUGCCUUACAAAAACAUGGUCUGAAUCAGAUGACGAAACCUACAUUUUAGCAAAUUAUAUUAUGAAGAAAUAAGGCACAAGGCACUUGAAACCAACAUUUUGACAUCUAUACAGUUUUUUUUUUUUUUUUAUCUUUUCCAAAUAUGUUUCCGCUGACAGGGUUGGGUUCAUUUAUUUAUUUAAAAAUUUUUAAAUCAAGAAAAAAAGUGUAUGAAUUAUUAUUAUUAUUAUUUUUUUCCAGCACUGGUAUGCUUAUUUCAUUCUUUUCUGUAAACACAAUUAAUAAAGAGCCCAUCACUAAAAAAAAAGAAACCAAUGUAAAGUUCAACACUUGUUUAACAAUAAAUAAAUGUGAGAGUUUUUGUCAA